CCGAUCUCGAGGACGCCACGCCACUUUUAACCCCCCCACCCCCCCUUCUGUCGUGGUGCCUCGGCCCAAGUGCUAACGCCCAACUGCCAAGGCGGGGAGGGGGGAUCCGGUGCGCGCGCGCGCGGAAAUGAACACCGGCUGAUUAGUAGGUGGGAGAUCGAGGUCGCGCCCUUGCCCCACACGCCACUAAAGGCCGCGCCGACGGGCUCAUCAGGCGCUCUGGACGGGCUCGCUUCUGCCGCUCCGCGCUUGUGCGGUGGGUGAAGUGCUGCUGCUGGUGCGGGAAGCGUCGCCAAACGUGCAGACCUUGGUGGGGGAGCGAGGAGUCGAAACAAGGGUAAGGUAAGGCUCCUUCCUCGCUCUCCUUGUGCCCUGUAUUGCUGUCAUUUUUUUGGGUUCAUUUGUGGUUGCUUCGGUGGUGAUUUGCCUCCGGCGCAUCGGAUUUCUAUGCCGGUUAAUCGGUUUGUGCGAGGAGAGCCUGGAUCGAUCGGAUCGUCUGCCUAUUGUUCCUUUCUUUGUUGACUGGAUGCUUAAUUUAGUUGCUGAGGAUAUGGAUAUGAAGCCUGCUGGAUGAAUGGUUAAGGCUUUGUGAAGAAAUAUAUGAACCAUGAGUGAAACAGGGCACACUGUACAAGUCACUAACCUCUCGAGCAGAGUAUCUGAAAGUGAUCUUUAUGAGUUCUUUUCGUUCUCUGGCCCUAUUGAACAUGUUGAACUUAUCAGAUCAGGAGAAUACGGUGCUACUGCUUAUGUGACAUUCAAGGAGCGCUUUGCCUUGGAAACUGCGGUAUUGCUCAGUGGGGCUACUAUUGUGGAUCAGCCGGUAUGCAUAACUUAUUGGGGACAACCUGAGGAGACUUUUAAUUUCUGGGACAGGCCAACUUGGGAGGUUGAAGAGGAAAUUGAAUACACGAGUUAUCAAUCAUGCCAGUACAACACUACUCCGCAGGAAGCUCUUACAGUGGCUCAAGAUAUCGUGAAGACGAUGCUAGCAAAGGGGUACGUGCUCAGCAAGGACGCUUUGGCUAAGGCUAGAGCCUUUGAUGAGUCCCGCGGAUUAACAGCUGCAGCUGCAGCCAAGGCUGCAGAGCUGAGCAAGAGAAUUGGUUUAACUGACAGGGUCAGUGCUGGUGUCGGUGCAAUGCGAUCGGUCGAUGAGACAUAUCGCGUAACGGAGACGACCAAGACGGUAGCUACUGCCACUGGAAGAACUGCAGCUAAGGUGGUAAAUGGUAUCGUCACCAGCAGCUACUUCUCUGCAGGAGCCAUGAUGUUGUCUGAUGCUCUUACUAGGGCUGCCAAGGCCGCGGCUGAUCUGGCCGCUCAUGGCAGACAGAGUUAAGUGAAAAACAAAACAUACAAUCCAUCCUUUUUCAGUUACUAAACAUGAGGACGAACACCUUAAUAGGAUGCUUGAAGUGUUGUUGUUCGAUGUAUAUUUAUAACAGACAACAUUGUUGAUUUGUUGUAUAAAUUAAAAGGAGACGUACACUGCGUUUGCACUAAUAAGUUUGAUUAUUGCAAAUGGAGUCGAGUGAUCGUGCAGUCA